AUGAGUUUUUCCUUUUCUGAAGAGCACUGUAUAUCCAACAAAAAGAAAAAUGAUGUGUUAAAAAUAAAUGAUAAUGUACAGAUUUACAACGAAGGAUAUUUCGAAAGUUUUAAAUUAGGGACUAACAUGGGAAGCAUGGAAGGGGAAGAAGUUCAUAUAAACAAGGCAGUCCACACGGAGACACAUAAAUUAUAUCCAAAGGAUAAUGCAAUAGCAUUUUCACUAUUGAAGAAAAAUUCAUAUGGAAGAAUAAACAAUGGAUGGGGACACGUAACACGUAAGAAUUGGAAGAUAAAUAAAAAGCUACAAGAUUUUUGUAUUAUAAAGAAUGUUUUAAAUGUAUAUUUUUUGUUUGAUAAGGAUAAUAAUGGGUAUAUCGAAAAGAAAUAUGCCUGCUAUGUAAUUCAAAUGAUUUACGAAAAUGAUGUGAAUUUUAUGGUAGAAAAUAUUAAGCUAAAUGAAGAUGAAACAGGAGGUACGAAUGAGAACUUACACGAAAUUAACAGAAAAGAAAAAGAAGAAAACGAUGAAGCAUUUUUUUGCACAAAAUCGUUUGCAAACUUUUUGCUAAUCAUUUUAAGGGAAGUGUCGGUUUUUGAACAUAUGGACGAGUUUAUAAAGAAGGAAUUUUUUAUUGACAUUGUGAUACAAUUCAUACGAACUAGUAGACAUAGUAAAGGGGAUAAUGAUAUAUACGGAAUGAUGAAAUAUCCACAAAAUAUGAUAACCAAAUUUUAUAGUUAUGUGCAUUAUUUGAAAAAAGAGGAUUGUGAAAAGAAAAAGAAAGAGCUGGAAAUUAAAAAAAAGAAGAAACAAUUGAAAAGUAUAUGCAUUUUGGAUGAGCAGUUAGUAAAUGCAGAUUUAGAUACACAUGUAAAAUAUUUUAACGAAAAAACGAGAAAAAAGUUAGAAAGUAUAAAGAUGGAAAAGAAUGAUAAAGAAAUGAAGGAAUGCACAUUUUAUCCUGAACUUACAGAGAAACCAUUAUAUUUGUUAAAUAAAAAAUUAGAAAUAAAUAAAAAAAAAUUAAAUGAGAAUAAAGAAAUUAAUAAGAAAUAUAACCCACUUACCAUAACAUAUGAUAUAGACGAUUCAAUUGAAAGAACGUUACAUUUGCCAGAAGAAGUUUCUUUAAAAAAUCACAAUGCACAUUUAGCGAAAUUCAAAGAUUUGCAAUAUUUGUAUCACGAAAAUAACACCCAACGAGAGAUUGAACUGAAGUAUAUAAUUCAUCAAGGACAUGUAAAUCCGAAGAAAAUAUAUUGGCGUGAUACAUUAAGGAAUAGAAGAGCCAUUUCAAUUCGAGAAUUAGACAUGGAUCUCUAG